UUAUAAAGGAAACUGCUUGAGCCCAGUACGUUGUUUUCCUUACUGAGCACGAUAACGAGCUAACUGGAUACGUUUAUGGACACCCUAUAUAAGAGACUCAGCCUGGCACAACGCUUCAGUGCGGAUGGGAUAGGUAACUCAUUCUCAUCUAGUGGUCGAGAAACGUCACCGCUAAAAUGAAAAGUGCCUCCGUCAAUUAAGGAGGAAGCACAGCGACCGGUGGAAGGAAAGAUUUUUGCCAAGUCGAAGUCGCCGGAGAUCGUUGGAAUUUCAAGAGGCGCAAUCUGAUCGAUCAUGCUUCCGGAUAAUACGAGAGUCACGUGGACAGCGGUCCUGGGUUUGGUUGGAACAGUUCUGACUGCUGACAUUGGGUUCAUUGGCACUGAAGAAAGUCCGAUGGAUAGGAACAUCUUCCUACCGGAAGACCCAUCCCCGACUCCCCUUCCGGGCCUACUCUUUCCUCGGGAGAGCGAGUCACGCGAAAUCAAGUCCCUCGACGGAUUGUGGGAUUUCAUGGUGUCACCCUCCGAAGACACGUUGAAGGGUCACCGGGAAGCCUGGUACGCCCAAGAACUUUCGAAGGCAGGCAAAGUUAUUCAAAUGCCCGUCCCCUCCUCUUACAACGACAUACCAACCUCAUCGGCGAUAAGAGACCACGUUGGGGCCGUCUGGUACGAGAAGACCUUCUUCGUGGCUACCUCCUGGAUCGAUCAGAGAGUUUUCCUGAGAUUCGGCUCAGUCAAUUACCUCGCACAGGUGUGGGUAAACGGGGCACUUGUGACCAAUCACGAGAUCGGCCAUUUGCCGUUCGAGGCUGAGGUCUCGUUGUACUUGAAAUACGGAGAGCAGAAUAGAAUAACAGUGGCCGUGGAUAACACCCUCUUGCAGACGAGUAUUCCUCAGGGUAAGGUCGUCCAGGUUACAACGGACAGUGGCACUAAGCACGUGCAGAGCUACACCUUCGACUUCUUCAAUUACGCCGGAAUCCAUAGGUAUCUGGAGUCUGGAACACCGGUGCUCCUUCACACAAAGCCCAGGGUUUAUGUGGCGGACAUAUCCGUGAAAACGGAAUUAGUUGGCGACACUGGUAUAGUGAACUACGUGAUCGAAGCAGCAGGUUUGCGCGAGGACGAAGUCCCAGUUUGUCAAGUGAUUCUACGAGACGCCGAAGGAGCUUUAGCCACGAAGGAACCAGUUUACGCCAUAUCCGGUGCUCUGGAGGUUCCCUUGGCCAGAUUGUGGUGGCCAAGAGGCAUGGAUCCAAAUCCUGGUUAUCUCUACACUCUUGAGGUGAGACUUUCUGUCGAGAAUGACAGCCAGCAGGAUAUUUAUAGACUGCCCAUAGGAAUCAGGACCUUGGUAUGGACAAACACCAGCCUUUUACUAAACGAUAGACCAGUUUACAUGCGUGGCUUUGGGAGACACGAGGAUUCCGUCAUCAGAGGACGCGGAUUGGAUUUGGUUACUAUGGCUAGGGAUUACGAACUAUUAGACUGGGUCGGCGCCAAUGCAUACAGAACAAGUCAUUAUCCUUACAGCGAUGAAGUCCUUGAUAUGGCUGACAGGUUGGGUUUCCUCAUUAUCGACGAGUGUCCAUCCGUCGAUGCAGAGAAUUUCUCACCGGCUCUGCUGAGGAAACAUAAAAACUCCUUGUCGGAGCUCAUUAGGAGAGAUAAAAAUCGACCUUCAGUGAUAAUCUGGUCACUCGCGAAUGAACCUAGAAGUCAGUUGCCCGACGCGGAAGAAUAUUUCAAACAGGUAGCACAUCAUGCGAAAUCUCUUGAUCCGACGAGGCCGGUGACUAUAGCGCUAGCACGGGGAGUUCAGGAGGACAAGGCCGGCAAAUUUCUCGAUAUUAUCAGCUUUAAUCGAUACAACUCCUGGUACUCUAAUACCGGCAACCUUGACAUGAUCGUGGAUCGCGUCCAGACUGAAGCCGAGGCGUGGCACAGGAAAUAUGACAAGCCAGUUCUUAUGUCAGAGUACGGAGCUGAUACGAUGCCGGGACUACAUGAGUUGCCGGGUUACGUUUGGAGCGAGGAAUAUCAAACUGAGAUGUUCUCAAAGCACUUUAAAGCUUUCGAUAAUCUCAGAUUGCAAGGAUUCUUCAUUGGCGAAUUUAUAUGGAAUUUUGCGGAUUUUCGGACAGCACAAACGUAUACCAGGGUUGGCGGAAAUAAAAAAGGAAUAUUUACCAGGGACAGACAACCAAAAAUGGUGGCACAUCAUGUGAGAAAAAGGUAUCAUGCCCUGGGAAAGGAAUUGGACCAAGCGCAGACACCGAAUGACAUCCUGCUAUAUUAUUCUCAUCGUUCUGAAUUGUGAGAGAAUAUGUUUUUAUUUGGAACACUAGUGUGAUCAAUUUAGUGACAACAAAUUGUUUUAUUCAAGAAAAUUAAUUAAUUGAUCAAUUCAUCUCUUUUUUAAUACAUGAUGUAAGACUAUGGCACGUGAGACUUUUCAAAUAAUUGUUUUUUCCUUCAAUUUUAUAAAUUUCACAAAAAUAGAAGACGGAAUAGAGCCGAUCUUUGUAUUCUUCCUUAAUAAAUUGAUUAUAUAUAAGCUGA